AUGUCACAAUCUAUUAUUUCAACUGCUGAUUUAAUAUCUCAUCGUGUAACAAUUUAUUUGGGGAUACCUAUCUUUUUCCUUGGUAUGAUAGGUGGAUUUCUUAAUAUUAUUGUUUUUCUCAGUCUAAAAACAUUUCGGAAUAGUUCAUGUGCAUUUUAUUUGACUGUUAUGGCAAUGGUUAGUAUUGGAUAUUUAUUUUCUGGUUUACUUACAUUUAUAAUGAUGUAUGGAUUCGGUAUUGAUUGGACAAAACAAUCAAGAUCUUAUUGUAUAUUUAGAGAAGGUUUUGUUCAUAUUUGUAUAUUAAUUGCUUUUACAUGUUUAUGUCUGGCAACAAUUGAUCAAUUUUUAGCAACUUGUUCAUCUCCACGUUGGCAACAAUUGUGCAAUAUUAAAUUAGCCCGUCGUUUAUGCGUAACAUUUGUUAUUUUAUGGUUUCUUUAUGGAAUUUUAUUUUUUACUUCUUAUGAUUUAAUCAUUGAUUCUUCAACUGGUAAUAUAGAUUGUAUGGUUAUAAAUCAAACUUUUCAACAAUAUUUUAAAAUUUGGCAUGUUCUUAUAUUUUUGGGUGUAUUACCAAUUUCUAUUACAGUCUUAUUUGGAUGCUUGGCAUAUAGAAAUGUACAAAGAUUAUCUUAUCGAACAUUACCUCUUGUUCGACGUGAAUUAGAUAAACAAUUAACACUAAUGGUAUUGAUGCACAUUGUUUUUAAUUUUUGUGCUCUUAUGCCAUAUUUAGUUAUAAAUGUGGUAAUACUUCAUCCCUAUAUGACACAAAAUCCAGUUGCAAAUGCAAUAUCAGCUUGUAUUAGAAUAUUAUCGAUUAUACUAUUUUACAGUUGCUUUGCGUGUCCAUUUUAUAUUUAUAUUUGUGCAUCACAACGAUUUCGUCAUCAGUUAGUUUUUGUUCUUUACAAAAUUCAUCUUCAACGAUGGCGCCGCCGAAAUGUUGUUAUCGAUUUAGUAAUACCACAACAAUAA